AUCAACGCGUACCUGGCGGGAAGCGUGUUGCAUAUGUACAUACACUGGCAGGCACAUGUCCCGAUUGUGCGAGUAGAAUGACGAUUGGGGUCCGCCGCUUACUCACCAAGCUGUCAUACCUUCGGCCUUGACGGCACACUCAGGGCUCAACAUCGGCCUCUCAAACAAAGCAAAGCAAAGCAGAAUGGCUACAGCCAGAAGCCCUGCCAACGCUUCAUUCGCAGAAAACCUGCCUACCCCGCCCGCCUCUUCUGCAGCGCCCUCACAGCACCCCUCGCCGCUGCCGCAGCCGCGGAAGCACCCUCUCAAGCCUGGUGGCCCCAGAGAAUCGGAUUUGAUCAGAUACCUGGAUCAUGGCAUCAACAGCAUACAGAAACGCGUGGAUAAUCGCAUGACCAACCGCAAGCUCAAGCCUGAGCCCGGCGAAGAGCAAGGAUAUAACGCAUUCUGGGAGGUGGCACGUGACCUGGAUGGCUUGGUAGACGUCGUGUGGGUGUCGGCAUCUCCCAACCUCCAGAUUCCCUAUUUGCUCAACAUUGCCGUUCUAACCGCUGAAUUCCUUCCUCUGUUCACUUCAACAACGCGUUCCACCCAGGCCACCUUUCGCCUCGUCUCAAAACUUGAUUAUGCCUUCUCCUCACUACUGACUGGCCACGACCUUGCUACAGGCGAGCUGUUGCCUGGCUUUGAAAAUGGCCGGACAGUUACAACCACGGACAAGGUCCGCUUGAAGGGCAUUGUAGAUCGCACCCGCCUGACUGUCGUCCGUGUUAUGAGUGGGGAAAGCGUCGUUGGGGAUGAUCAAGACGCGAGCGAGGCUAUGGAUACAGAUAAUGAGCGAGAAGCAGAGCCACGGGGCCACGAUGGAACUGUCACCUUUGAAGGCUUUGAAAACAAUACUGACGACGAAGAAGAGGAUGAUGAGUGGGAGGAGCGUGGCAUAGCCACUAUUUAUGAAAAGACAAUAGGCGAGUUGGGCGACGUCCUUGGUGGCCCCCCAAUUGGUAUCAUCACAGACGAUUGGGCCAGCAAAGGAGCUGAUCAGCAAAGAAGCGGCGGUGGCUUUGUAGAGUCUGAUGUUGAUUUUGACUAGGCCGGCAUAUAGCACAUCACUUGUUUCUUUGUCUUCUGAGCUCGAGGCACGUCGGUGCAGGGAUGAUUGCUGGAGCUGGGCAGUUUGAAGAUCUUUGCCAUUCUACUCGGUUGUUUCUUG